CUGGUCUCACUUCCUGAACAGAAUCUGGCUAUGGCUCGGAUCCUCCUUCUUUUGCUGUCGGCAGCAUGUCUGCACACUGAGAAUUCAGCAGGAUAUCAAAAAACGCAGGACUAUGGUGUCAACCAACCAGAACAGCUCACUGGAAUCCAAGGUGGCUCCAUUGAGAUCCCCUUCUCAUUCUACUUCCCCUGGGAGUUGGCCAAGGAUCCACAGAUGAGCAUAGCCUGGAGAUGGAAGGUAUUCUUUGGGGAAGUCAUCUACAACUCCACCCUGCUUUUCCUUCAUGAGCAUUUUAAGGGCCGGCUCAUCAUGAAUUGGACACAGGGUCAGACAUCAGGAGUCCUCAGAAUCAUGAACUUAAAGGAGAAUGACCAGUCCACAUACUUCAGCCGAGUUUUUCUGCAAACCACAGAAGGCAUGAAGUUGUGGCAGUCUAGAGCUGGAACCAAACUCAUCAUUCAUGCUCUCAGUACUACCAUGGUGAGCCCCUCCAUCAUCCCCUCUGCAGUCCCCACCACUGGCCUGGAGAACACAAGGGGCCAGAGGAAUCCUUCAAUGCUGAACUUGGGAGCCAUUGUUGGGAUGGUCAUGGCCAAAGUUGUGGUCAUCAUCCCCCUCUAUGGAUGGGUGAUCUUCCUGUGGUGGAAGCAAAGGUAAGUGUUCCAAGACAGGCCUCACCUGAGCUUCCCCACUGGGAGUGUUCUCAGCUGUGGGAGAUGGAGAAGGGCAGGGAACAGUAA